AUGAUACCACUGGGCACAUUCAGGUAUACAAGCAAGGUACAACACCUUCACCUCACUGGUAACACCCUGGGGGACUUCACUGGUAAAGAAGACUUCAAGGAUCUGCCAGAGCUAAAGGAACUCCGGUCGAAUCAUUUUAGAUUUGGUUGUAUGGCCCCACAGGUCCCCGAAGAGAAUUGUUUUCCAAAGAUGGACCCGUGUUCUUCCUGCACUGAUCUCAUCCGCAUAGGCGCUUUGUGGAUCUUUCUGUGGAUACUUGGGACCAUUGCUGUGGGCGGGAAUAUCCUCGUACUCCUCCUGAGGAUAUUGACAAAGGAACCAACGACGGCGAACACCACGAUCAUCACAAGCCUCGCCGUGUCCGACCUCCUCAUGGGCGUGUACUUGUACAUCAUCGCGGCAGCGGACACCACAUUCAGGGGGUACUACAUCGAGGUUGACUGGACCUGGAGGAAGGGCAUCGGAUCCGGUGCACCGUUCUGUGUUGACUACUUGCGACAUUCGUACUAUUCAAGAUCUGGCGUCUGCCUCUCGCUCCACCUGACAUCAGAACCCGCCCCAGGCUGGGAGUACUCGGUCGCCAUCUUUUUAGGACUCAACCUCGAUGCGUUCAUGAUCAUCGCUGUACUAUACACUUGGAUGUACGUCAUCAUCAAACGCUCUGUCGAUAUGAUGAAACACAAGACCAGUCGGAAGAAGGGAGAAAACAAGGAAUUAGUCGUUGCCCGCAAGAUGGCGCUGAUCAUCCUGACUGACUUUGCUUGCUGGAUGCCCAUCAUAAUUCUAGGUUUGGCUGCGAUCUCCGGGAAAGUCACGAUCCCUGGUGAUGUCUACGCCUGGAUUGCAGUAUUUGUGCUGCCGAUCAACAGCGCUAUGAACCCAAUACUCUACACACUGUCGUCUCUCGAUCUCAUCAAACUGAUAUGUGGAAAGAAAGAACCACAGUUGGAUUACUCUGGAAGCACUAGGACGAAUGUGUCUACCCCACCACUCAUGCACUCCAGCGCUCUUUGCAUCGCGGGAUACGAUAUCCGCGCAGCGCGUACGGCAUCCUGCGUCCUCUCUGUCGUUUCCCUUCAACAACCUUAG